AGCGAACUGCAGGGCAUUAUGGGGCGGAGAUGGCAUUCUAGUACACACAGACGACGGUGAAGCAAGUCUAGUACGAGACCUGUAACACAACGGGUAGCUGACAUAGGUAUCGAUAAACGGAACGGAAUCAAUCUAAGGUGUCCUGCAGACGGAAAUCGUCUCUUGGAUUUUGGUGUCAUGGCUCAAAAUGAUUUAAUGAGUAACGCGGAGGACGUGGCGGAUCAGUUCCUUCGAGUGACGAAGCAAUACCUGCCCCACAUAGCGCGUCUCUGUCUGAUCAGCACGUUCCUGGAGGACGGCAUUCGAAUGUGGUUCCAGUGGAGUGAGCAGAAAGAAUAUAUUGAGACGACGUGGGGAUGUGGGUUCUUUCUGGCCACACUGUUUGUCUUAAUCAACUUACUCGGACAGCUGGGUGGUUGUAUACUGAUCCUGAGCCGGAAUUUUGUGCAAUAUGCCUGCUUUGGAUUAUUUGGGAUCAUCGCCUUACAGACUGUUGCCUAUAGCAUUCUUUGGGACCCAAAGUUUUUGAUGAGGAAUUUGGCUCUGGGUGGAGGUCUGCUGCUGCUCCUUGCUGAGUCACGUUCUGAGGGCAGGAGUAUGUUUGCUGGUGUUCCCACUAUGAGAGAGAGUUCUCCUAAACAGUACAUGCAGCUCGGAGGCAGAGUCCUGCUGGUGCUCAUGUUCAUGACGCUGCUGCACUUUGAUACCAGCUUCCUCUCGAUUUUGCAGAACCUGGUUGGUACAGCUCUCAUUGUCCUGGUGGCUGUUGGUUUCAAGACUAAACUGGCGGCCCUCACCCUGGUCAUCUGGCUGCUGGCCAUCAACGUGUACUUCAAUGCUUUCUGGACCAUACCAACCUACAAGCCCAUGCACGACUUCCUCAAGUACGACUUCUUCCAGACCACAUCAGUGAUCGGUGGCCUCUUGCUGAUAGUAGCACUAGGUCCAGGUGGAGUGUCCAUGGAUGAGAAGAAGAAGGAUUGGUGAGACGGGACUGAACUCAAAACGGCUCACUCUGUAGUUUGCCCUUUGGCAAAUUUUUUUCUGUGCAGUUAUCACACAAAGCAGGUACACUACUUAGAGAGGAAAGAGCCAAUUGAGACGUGGCCUCACAAAAAUCCCCAAGGACCAACAGAAUGACCUGCUCUCCACUUCCCAUGCACUGUCUAUGUUUUCAUCUUGCGUGCUUACUGAAUUAUUUCUACCAGCACUUUUAGACAUAUUAGGUUAUCAUAUUUAUUUUCUAAGGUUCAGGUCAGAUUCUGUUAUUUGAGAACCCCCUUGAAAAUCUGGAACAUCCAUGUUAUAAAAGCUGCGACCACGUUGAACGAAUAACAAAUUCAUCUAAUUUGC